AUGAAUGCGCCCGUCAUUCGCCUAGGAACACAAGGUGGCAAGGUGGAUAGCCCUGUGGGAGGUCGAAGGGAAGGCGCACCGAACUCGGCACGCCGUGGACUCGGUAUGGACCGAGACGGAGGCAGAGAGCCCAUACAACAGGUAAUUCCUCCCAGUCGUGAAGCGAUUGCUCGCACCAUUUUCGUCGGAAACAUCCCGGACGGCGUUGGUGGAGAUGAGGGCAUGGUGCGCAUACUUGAGACGGCAGGAAAGCUGGAGAGGUGGCAAAGGGCUACGGAUGCGAACAACAAGCCUCAGACGUUUGGGUUCGCAGAGUUUGCAGACGCGCAAAGCUUGGAGACGGCCGCCGAGAUCUUCAAGGACGUCCAGGUGCCCACCAAGCGCCAGAAGCCGGGAGAGGCCAAGAAGGAGGAUGAUGAUGAAGAAGAAGAGGUGGAGACUACUAAGCUGCAGGUCAUGGUCGACGACGCAUCUAUCAAGUACGCCGAGGAAUGGAGCAGGACGCGCAACGAAGACGAGAAUACGGUUCAGUUCCGCCUCGAUUCUGCCAAAGAAGCUCUAACCGGAGUCAUCGCAAGCCUCUUCAACCCACCGAACAUGCCCGCAAACGAGUACGGAAACGACGCCACUAUGCAAGACGCGCCACAGCAGGAUGGAGACGUGGAGGUUGCCUUUGUCAAUUUGACAACUGGCGAAGACGAGCUUGCAGACAUCCCGGCCGAGAUGCGCGAGAUCGUUGCCGCUGAGAUUGCCGCCUUCCGCGACCGAUCUAACCAGCGCGACCGUGAGCGCCUGCGGAGGGAGGAAGAGGUCGAGGCAGAGGAGCGUCGCCGCAGCGGUAGGCGCACAUCUCCUCCGCCUUCAGCGCCCACUGGACCCGGAGGCGGAGGAGCAAAUGGCAUACCUCUUGGACCUAGGGCAGAGCGCGGUGUUCAGGGAGCUCCCAGUGGACCGAAGGGGUCCCAGUUUCCGCGCGACUACCAGGGUGGCGUCAACUUCGUCAACGGAGGAGCCGUUAAUGGCGGGAACUACAUCAGUCGCGAAGACGACGAUGACUCGGCUAGUGACUCGGAGAUCGAGGCCCGUCGCAAGAAGAAGCGCGAUGAAGAGCUUGAAGACGCGUACCAGAAGCAGCUCUCUCGCUGGCUCAAGCUUGAGAACAGGACGGUGUCUUCGCUUGGACGUGAAAGUGACCGUGUCAAGAACCAGGAGGCAGAGAAGCAGGCCGCUCGUGACGCACAGGCGAAGCAGCUGGCAGAGUUCGACGACGACCUCGAAGCUGCUGCAAAGCGUCACAUCUACUACCGCGAUCACGGCGACUACAUGCGCGAGCGCGAGAGGGUUCGCGAGAGGGAGGCAAAGGAAGAUGCGAUCGACCGCCGGCAGGAGCAGAGCGAAAUGGCUUCUCAGAACAGACAGAAAGAGGCCGCCCGUGGUCAAGCCGAUGCCUUCCUCGAUCAACAGGCCGAGGAGCUCAUGCGCACUCAAGAACAGAACGAGCCAGCUGCACAAUUCAAGAUCUCUCUCGGUGGCGCCGCAAAGAAACUCGAAAAGACCGCAGCCCCGACCCGCCGUACAGCCGCAGACGUCGAAAACCUCCUCGAAGACGAAGAGCCCACCGACGCAGCCACCACCAAGAAGCGUACCCUCAUCCCUAUCAAUUAUGACGCUCCUGUUCGCGCCAACCUCACCGAGGAAGAGGUUGUAGAGGCACGGGCAGAGCUGGCACGCGGUAUUCCCCAAGACAAGCAUGGUCUGUGGGAUUGGAACGUGGCCUGGGAUCAUCUUCUGCCAAAGCACGUCGAUAAAGAACUCCGCGACUGGACCGCGAACAAGGCGCUCGAGCUCACGGGUCUGCAAGACGAAGAUUUGGUUGAUUCCGUCGUUGGGCAUUUGAGGAAGCGAGGCAGUCCGCAGGCUCUCUUGGAAGACCUGGAACCGGUUCUCGAUGAAGAAGCAGAGUCGUUUGUAAAGAGACUGUGGCGUAUGCUCAUCUUCUACAGCGAGACCGAGAGGAGGGGUAUCAAAUAA